GGAGUUGGUUUUUUUUCCCCCUCUCAUUUGUGGAGUAAGUUAAGAAGAGAGAUGAUGUUGAAAGCAGUUGUGCUGCUGUGCUGUGCUCUGGGCAUAAGUACGUUCCCCAUGGAAGAACCUGAAGAUGGAGGCAAGCACUGGGUAGUGAUUGUUGCAGGUUCGAACGGCUGGUACAACUAUCGACACCAGGCAGAUGUGUGCCAUGCAUACCAGAUUGUACACCGAAAUGGAAUUCCAGAUGAACAGAUCAUUGUCAUGAUGUAUGAUGACAUUGCUGAUAAUGAUGAAAAUCCAACAAAAGGCAUUGUCAUCAAUAGACCUAAUGGCACAGAUGUGUAUGCUGGAGUACCCAAGGACUAUACAAAGGAGGAUGUUACUCCAAAGAAUUUCCUUGCUGUUCUCAGAGGAGAUGUGGAAGCGGUGAAGGGCAUAGGAUCAGGAAAAGUAUUGAAAAGUGGUCCCAAGGAUCAUGUGUUUGUUUAUUUCACUGAUCAUGGAGCUCCAGGACUUCUGGCUUUUCCUGAUGAUGAUCUUCACGUGAAGGACUUGAAUAAGACUAUUUGGUACAUGUAUCAUCACAAAAAAUACCGGAAGAUGGUGUUUUACAUUGAAGCCUGCGAGUCUGGAUCUAUGAUGAAUCAUUUGGCUGAUAAUAUCAAUGUUUAUGCAACAACAGCUGCCAAUCCUAGAGAGUCAUCUUAUGCCUGUUACUAUGAUGACGAAAGGCAGACUUAUCUUGGGGACUGGUACAGUGUGAAUUGGAUGGAAGAUUCAGAUAUGGAAGAUCUAAGAAAAGAAACACUCCACAAGCAAUUUCAGCUGGUGAAGAAACGCACCAACACCAGCCAUGUGAUGCAGUAUGGAAACAGAAGCAUCUCCUCCAUGAAAGUGAUGCAGUUUCAGGGCAUGGGCAAGAAAGCUACCCCCAUUCCGCUGCCACCUGUAGAACACUAUGAUCUGACUCCUAGUCCUGAUGUGCCUUAUGCAAUCAUGAAACGAAAGCUGAUGGCUACCAAUGACAUCUAUGAGGCUAAGAAGAUUGCUGCAGAGAUGAAAACACACCUGGAGGUGAAAGAAUUUAUCCAAGAAUCCAUGCGAAAGAUAAUCACCUUAGUAACAGGAUCAAAAGAACAGACCAACCAGAUUCUGUCAGACAGAUUGACCAUCAGCAAUUACGACUGCUACCAGUCAGCAGUGAACCACUUCAAAGCUCAUUGCUUCAACUGGCACUUACCCUUGUAUGAGUAUGCACUAAGACAGCUGUAUGCCUUGGUCAACGUUUGUGAAGGAGGAUACCCCAUUGACAGAAUAUGCCUGGCCAUGGAUCAAGUGUGCCUUGGGUAUUGACGGAAACAACAGUCCCCAAUAUAACCCUUACUACACGUCAUAACUUUUCAUAACUAUAAUAAUCCAGAUUUUACAUGCAUGCAACAUGAAGAGUCUCAACCACUGUACCUGAACUGUGCUGGGAGCUGAGGCGCCUGACCAUGAGCAAUAGAGCACUUGCCGGUGCUCUCCCCUGCGUCCCCACCUGCUGACAGCCUGCUGGUGUGACAGGGGCAUUUUAGCAGAGCACCUGGAGCUUUCAGGAUGGAUGAUUUGUUUCAAAGUGCAACGCUCUUAAGAAUCUCCGGAUGAACACUACAAGCCACCUAUCUGGAUUGCUAAAUCUAUGCUAAAUUUAAACAUUGAGCUAUUAAUUCUGAAUUUUUUUUAUACUGUUGCCAAUUACUAGCUUUUUAAAAAUAAUGAAUUCCAUUACAGUGACUGAUUUGCAGAUUGGUUAAAAAGUGAAGAAACCAAAGCUUGUUCUUUAUGCUUUAACUUCUUAACAGUCUGAAGAAAUAAGUUGCAUUCAAGAACUAUGGGAUGUGAAUAGCACAGUUAAACUGUGAACAGUAAAAGUCUUUGUGGGUAGAAAGAACUGUUCCCCAAAGAAAAAAACCCAAAUAUCUAGUGCUGUAAAUGUAGCACCAGAAUGCUAUAAUUAGAUGUAUGUACACACAAACCUGUGGGAAGUCAACAGAGUACAGAAAUUGCCUGUGAAUAAAAAUAAAGUUGACAGUUUCAUCAGCCUGCAGGGCAA